AUGCACAUCAUAUUCGAUCCCGACGAAACGAAACCGAAAUUCACUUGGCUCCCCUCCAGGCUGCUCGACAAGGACGAAGAAGAUGGACCAGAUCACCAGACGCUUGAUUACAAGAAAAUCAUUGGCGAGGAUACCUUACAGAAGGAUAUGCCUAUGCAAUACAACCCGAGGCUGAAAAGGUCCGUUCCGAACACCAUAUGCGUCGUAUGGCGCGACACGUUCUUGGAAGAUGGCUCUCGGCCAAACAAAAGCAUAGCGUCAAUCACUACCACACAACCCGGAACGUAUCAUGAUUGGAGGGGCCCUAUCGUCGUCUAUGCCAGAGCGGGUAAAGGUCUUGAUCCACCAGCUUGCAAGGACCUUGACAUGAUUGACUUCAGACAUGUCACCGACUAUUUCUUGUCGUGUGGAUACAUUCCUCCCAAUAAUGAGGCGAAAGUGGAGCGUGUAAAGGGCGUAAGGAUCAACUGUCUGGGCGACGUGAAGAUGCUCAAGAGACCACCCUUCGAAGUCAUCGAACUCCCAACCACCGAUCCCAUCUUCACCAAGCAUGAUACUUCCGACAUAGCCGACCGAAUUGGCAUACCCAUCCUGACGCGUCGCUGCCCGCCAGAUCCGAAGUGGGCCAACAAAAGCGAAGACAAAAUGUUCGAACACAGCAGUCCUACAAACAACCAAAACGCGACCUUCCUUCACCAGUGUCUAGAUCCUAACGCCGAAUUCGAUUUCAGCACCGGAUCUAUGGGCUGGGGAUGGUGUUCUAUGCCGUGGCAGAAUGAUGUAGGAAGUGCGAUUGUUGUGCGCAAGGACAGGAAGCCACUUCUUCCACUACAGAUGGAGGCACUGGCGAAGUGGUGUAAAGAGGAGGUUCGACCGAUCUUGGCUCAUUCUAUUGGAGAGUUCACGCCGGAAGAGCCGAUUAGCAAAGAGGAUGUUUUGACGAUUGUUUGUCGGCCGAUGUUUGUGGUCUACUGGAGCAGGUUCACGGGUGAGAGGAAGGAUUAUGAGACACCUAGUCUGUAUGGUGACAGUAUCGUGUGA